ACCUGCCAUCUGGAGAUGAGCUACUUUGAGGUUUAUAAUGAGAAAAUCCAUGACUUGCUUGUGGUGACAGAUGAACAAAACCAAAAGAAGCUACCACUAAGAGUCAGAGAACAUCCAGUAUUUGGACCCUAUGUGGCUGAUCUCUCAACGAAUGUGGUCAGCUCCUAUACUGAUAUCCUGGGCUGGCUUGAGCUUGGAAAUAAGCAGCGUGCCACUGCGGCCACAGGCAUGAAUGACAAAAGCUCCAGAUCUCACUCAGUCUUCACCCUUGUCCUCACUCAGACCAAGACAGAGUUUGUGGAGGAGGAAGAGCAUGACCACAGGACCAUCAGUAGGAUCAACCUGGUAGACCUAGCAGGCAGCGAGCGCUGUGGCAUAACCCAGACUUGUGGGGACAGACUGAGGGAAGGUGCAAGUAUCAACAAGUCCUUGCUAACACUGGGGAAGGUCAUCUCUGCUCUCUCUGAACAGUCCCAAGCCAAGAAGAAGGUCUUCAUCCCCUACAGAGAGUCUGUGCUCACUUGGUUGCUCAAGGAGAGUUUGGGUGGAAAUUCAAAGACUGCCAUGGUUGCCACAGUGAGUCCUGCUGCCUGCAAUGUCGAGGAAACCCUGAGCACCUUGCGCUAUGCUAAACAGGCUCGUAUGAUUAUUAAUGUGGCCAAGGUCAAUGAGGACAACAAUGCCAAACUGAUCAGGGAACUAAAAGCUGAAGUUGAAAAGCUGAGAGCAGCUCAAAUGAGCUCCCAAGGCAUUGAGCCAGAGAAAAUGAGACUCUUUCAGCAGGAAAUUGCUGCCCUCAAGAUGCAGCUAACACAACAGCAGAAGGACAUGGCUGAGGCUCAUCGGACAUGGAAGGAGAAGCUGGAACAAGCUGAGAAGCGAAAGUGUGAAGAAACCAAGGAGUUGCAGAAAGCUGGGAUCACGUUUAAGGUGGAUAAUAGGCUUCCAAACCUUGUCAACCUGAACGAGGAUCCUCAGCUGUCGGAAAUGCUGCUCUACAUGAUAAAGGAAGGCCAGACCAGGGUGGGGAAGCACAAGUCUGACUUUGCUCAUGACAUCCAAUUGUCUGGUGCCCUCAUUGCUGAUGAACAUUGUGUGAUUUCCAAUGUGAACAGUACAGUUAGUAUCACUCCCAUCAAGGAGGCAAAGACCUUUGUGAAUGGAAACCUUAUCUCCAAAUCCACUGUCCUGCACCAUGGUGACCGUGUAAUCCUCGGGGGUGACCACUACUUUAGGUUUAACCACCCAGUGGAAGUGCACAAUGGGAAGAGAGUUUCUUGCUGGUCUGGUGCUGCGGAUGGACAGAAGGAUUUUGAAUUUGCCAAAAAUGAGCUGCUGGCAUCACAAAGGGCCCAGCUGGAGGCAGAGAUUGAGGCAGCCCACCUCAAAGCCAAAGAGGAGAUGAUUCAGGGGAUACAAGUGGCCAAAGAAAUGGCUCAGAAAGAGCUAUCUGAUCAGAAGACCAUGUAUGAAAACAAGAUCAGAGCCCUGGAACAAGAGCUGGAGGAGGAGAACCAGAAGAAGAAGUGCCAGGAGCUCAACAAUCAGAGGGUGGUCAGCCAGAUGGAAGAGCUUCAGAGCGCCAAGAUUCAGCUUGAGCAGGAGCUGCACGUGAAUAAGAAACGCCUUCUUAUGGAAGCCCAAGCCACCAAACAGGCAAUGGCUGACCAUGACAUCCGACAUGCCAAGAUCAUUGAGGCACUGGAAGCAGAAAAAAGGAAGAUUGCUGAAGAUCUUGAGAAAAUGCAGAGAAAGCGAGGGCAAAAGGAAAAGUCCAUUUUAGCUCAACCACAGUGGGAUGCCAUGAAGUUGUCUGUGAUGAUCGAGGAGGCAAACGCAAUCAGUAAGAAGCUCAAGAAGAGCACUGUAUUCAGCAGGCAUGAGAACUCUGACAAAGAGAGCACAGGUCGGGGAAAUGAGCUGCAGAUUCAAGUGCAGAAUACCCGGCUGGGCAUCUCAACCUUUUGGAGUCUGGAGAAGUUCCAGAAUAACCUGGCAGUCAUGAGGGAACUUGAGCAGGGUGACUCGUCUACCAAAAAUGAAGAUGAUGUCUUUUACGACCCAAACGAUGAAUGGGAACAGGACAUAUCUCGUCCUUUGUCUACUUCUCCGUUUUCACGUAGAAGGAGCAGGAGUCUGUUGAAAAGCAGAAGGAUCUCAGGGCGCCUCUAUGAGAUACGAGUACACCCUAUUCAGUCUCUGCACAACUCCUCACAACAUGCCGGCCUGAUGGGUGUCAACAAGCUACCCUCAGUGCAGCCCAGCACACCUGCCUGUGCUCUGCCUGGCAUCUGUAAAGAACUGAUUGGCUCUGCGGUGGCCCAGCUGCAGGAAUGUCAUGGAGCAGAGGAGCACUUGGCUGAUAAGCUGACUAAUAACCUCCUCCUUGUCCACAAAGCAGCCAGGUCUAUCUGCGGCAUGUACAAAAGCAUGGAUGACGACAGCCAGGAGGACUUGUUCUCCUGCAGUGUGGAGGCUCAGAGCCAGCUAGUGAAGGCUACAUCAGCUAUGCAGAGGGCUGUACUUGACACGGCAUUAUGGGUGUCUAACAUGAACUCCAACAGCGCCACACAGACUGCUGAUAAACUUAAGGUGGAAGUCAAGAAAAUGGGUGGAUAUUUCCAGCUUCUUAUUCAGGGCUGUGAUUCAGACAUUUCCUCUAUGGUAACAGAGGCUCAAAGCAAAAUCAGCCAGUGCCUGAAUGCAGCUAUGACACUCAUCAGUCACCUUUCAGUUGUGAGUGAAACACAUCUCCCUGCCUUAGAAACAGGGCUGGAGGUCACCAGCAAGAGCUCUCUAGCAGCUCUUCUCCAUGAGGGAGCCUGCAAAGGUGUAGAGACACUACUCAACGAGGGCAUCAGUGAAGCCCAGGAAAUGCAGAGAGAGGCUCAGCAGGUGUUCCCUGAUGCUCAGGUUUUACAGAAUAUGAAGAAAAUAACGUUGGAAUUAGCUUCUUCCCUUCAACAAUAUAUGUCUUGCAGUACAGUGCAGAAUGAAAGGACUUUAGAUGAUGGUGGCCCUGAUGAUCAGUCCAGACUCUUAUCAGUGAGAAAUAAAGGGCUUCAUUUGUUUAAUCUCAACCUUGGAGUCAAGCAGCUUCACACAAGUAUCAUACAGACCCUGAAAGGAGAAAAUGGCACCAUCUCCAGUGCUGAAAGAACCCUGGUUUAUUCUUCAUCCAAAACCAUUGAAGAUGCCAUCGGUGGAUACCAAAUGGAGAUGGGAUCCAUACCUGCUUCUGGGUCCCAGAUUCCAUCUGUGAGAAGUCUUGCAGUAACUAGGGAUGGUGUGCGCUCUGCACUGCAGUCUCUGUCAGCUGUGUUUGACCAGCUGAGUGUAAAGAGAUCGCCAUCAGCCACAGGGUGCAGUAGUUUGAAGGCAGGUGAUGGAAAGAAAGGUAGAGAAGAAAUCUCUCCACCCAGCAACACCAGGAGAAACAGAACUGUUCGCAAAAUCGUGUACGCUCUUUCCACAGAGGUUGCCUCUUCUCCCAGUGAUGUACGGUGGGUGUAGCCCUCAUUCUUCCACAAAAUCCAGCAAACAUGUCAAGUGGAUGGAUGUUUGGAAACGGUGACGGUAUGACACCUGGAAUUCUCAGCAUUUCUGAGACGCAUGACUCGAAUGGUUAAUCUAACACUAGUCUUUCAAAUCAGCUGUGUAGUAGUUGCCAAUUUGCACUAUUUCAAGUUUACCACAGCUCUCUUCUCUAAUAUAUAAAGGCUUUACAUUUUUUUGAUAGAUUUGCAGCAGUGGGGCUAAAAUUAAGCAGGGCAUUUUUAUUGGUAGUCAAAAUGGUAACGGCCUAAUUUUUCUUUUUCUUUUUUUUUUUUUUUUUUUGCCUACUACUUUUUGAUCCAGUGAACUGGACCUUCUUGGGUUUAGUUUAUAUGUUGGCAGGAAAAAGCUGUAUUUCAAAGGUGCUGUAGAAUUUAAACCUAAAAACUUGAGCACUGAAUACAUAUAUGUAUAUUCAAAGUUAUUUGGAAUAAAAUACA